AUGGCAGUGGACUCCGGAUCCGGCGGUGCCACUCUCGAAUACACCCCGACAUGGGCACUCGCUACCGUUUGUUUCUUCUUCAUCUUCAUCUCCAUCUUCCUCGAGCACUCCAUCAACCUCCUUGUCAACUUUCUCAAGAGGCAUCGGAAAAAUGCCUUGACGGAGGCAGUUGAGAAGCUUAAAUCAGAGCUGAUGCUUAUGGGGUUUGUGUCACUUUUACUGGCCGUAACCCAAAAUUCAAUAUCUAAAAUCUGCAUACCAGCCAAGAUAGGAGACAUCAUGCUUCCAUGCCGGAAAAAGGGAGCAAGCGAAGAAAAAGAAACAGAGGAUGUUGAGCACUUUGUGAUUGUGAAUAAAAUUGUGACGAAUUUUUCGGCUGCCGCAAAUGGUCUGUAUGAUGAAAUACUAAGACAAACAGUGCAUAGGCGGCUUGCAGAGGAGGACGAUGCAGCUGCUUCUGAUUCUUGCGGUGACGGAAAAGUAGCUUUCAUGACGAAGGAUGCUCUGCAUCAACUUCACAUACUUAUUUUUGUGCUGGCGGUUAUGCAUAUUCUGUACAGUGUUCUCACCAUGGCUUUGGGGAGGGCCAAGAUGAGGCGCUGGGAAAGUUGGGAGCAAGAGACUAGAACAAUGGAGUACCAAGUUGAGAAUGAUCCAAAUCGGUUCAGAUUUGCAAGGCAAACAACAUUUGGAAGAAGGCACUUGACUUCUUGUACAGAGACAUCGUUUCAUCUCUGGUUGAAAUGUUUUUUCAGGCAGUUUUAUAACUCAGUGGCCAAAGUUGACUAUACCACCAUGAGACACGGCUUCAUAGCGGCUCAUCUGCCGAGCAGGCACAACUUCGAUUUCCAGAAGUACAUACAGCGGUCGUUGGAGGAAGAUUUCAAGGUCAUGGUUUCAAUCAGCCCUCUGAUGUGGUUUGUGCUAGCAGCUUUUAUGCUGGUGGAUGUGUAUGGCUGGUUUGUAUAUCUCUGGCUAUCCUAUGUUCCACUCUUGGUGGUGCUGGUUCUAGGAACCAAGCUUGAGCAUAUUGUUGCAAAAAUGGCCCUUCAAAUUAAAGAACAGAACAGUGUGAUUGUCGGAACACCUCUUGUACGACUAAACGAUGAUCUGUUCUGGUUUAGGAAACCACGAUUUGUCUUGGUGCUGCUACGUUAUACUCUAUUCGUGAAUGCAUUUGAGCUUGCCGUCUUCGUUUGGGUUACAUGGCAAUUCGGUUUCAAAUCUUGCUACCACGAGAACACCGUGAUCAUUGUUACAAGGAUUUUCUUAGCGGUGACAACUCAAAUCCUCUGCAGCUAUAUUACUCUUCCUCUCUAUGCACUGGUCACACAGAUGGGUUCACAAUUCAAAGGCAAGAUAGUAGAAGAUCAAAUGGCAGACAUUUUAAGGCAAUGGCAUGCUGAGGUGAGAAAUAGGAGGAAGAAGGAACAACAACUUUCGCAAUCAGGACGCUCAUCUUUCUCCAUAGAAUGGAGCGCCAUGAGGAACAGUAUAAGAAGGGCUUUCAGACCAGCUGAACCAGCCGAAAGUAGUGUCCAUUCUUCUAACAGAUGGGAUACCAGAGAUGAGAUAGUAGAACAAGAGGGAAGCUCGUCAAGGGGUUUCAGAAGAAAUUCAGAUGCUGAAUCUUGA